AACAAGAGGUGGGACAGUUGUGAUGUUUCUUCUUAAAGGAGUGUUUCAGAGGUGAAAAUAAACCAAAACUCUUGUCACGAUAGGGCGCCUCAAAUCUAAGGGUUUCAUCUCCAUCCCUAGAGGUAUCCCUCCCAAAUGAAAUAAGAAAACUCCGUUCUCAUCUAAGCAACGAUUCCGGAAAGUGGACGCCGAAACCAGUGUCCAAAUCAAACUGGAUGUUCACACAGACUAUCUGGCCAAAUGGAGAGUCUGUUUCUCCCUUUCCACAUUGGAUUCAGGCGUGUUCGGUUCAGUUAGAUAAUGGUCGACGACUUGCUCGUAUCUCCUUCUCUCCAGACGUACUCGCCGGCCAGCUAAUUCCAAGCAGCAGAAAUCCCCGUGAGAUCUCAAGCGAUAGUGCUUAUGGUACCGACAAGCUUGGAGGUCUUGACCAGGAUUUGGAUGGUUGGUGAAGUGAUGAGCCCUCCUGAAGAUGGGCUUGAGGUUCUUGAACUUGUAUUGAAUGUGUUCAACAGCACCAGUCAUGUUUAGAGUCGGUGAACGGAAAGCCGUGCAAAUGAGUUUUGUGAAGUGAAACCACCUAGAGCGACAUGAAUAUUCCGAUCCAAUUUGUUUGGGUAUGCAGGAAUCAAUUCCGCUGAAGAGAAUACAUUGGCACUUUGUCCAGGAAAAGGUGUGCCAGGAUGAGCAAAACCCGCACCAUUGUCCGUAUAGUGCGGAAAAACGCACCCUUCUUGGCCUUCUCCGUAAUCAUGUUCGCCACCCUGAGCCUAAUGCAAAGCCCAUUCAAGAACUCUUUGGAGGCCAGGAACAAGCCCGCGGAAUUUGAAAUCGUUGCUCAAAAUUCUUCCAGUGUCUCCAUGAAAUGUAAUCAACAUCGAACAGUCACAUCCACGAAACUAGAAUCUCGCCAUCCCUGGAGUGGAGACCCCAAGUGUGCCAGAUUCAAAAUCAGUCACAUGAUCCCCCAUUGCCGACCAGCGGUGGCUUUGGCCAGUUAUCCUGGCAGUGGUAACACUUGGGUGCGUUACCUACUUGAGGGAGCAACGGGAAUCUUCACCGGUUCCAGGUACAAGGAUCUCCAAAUUCAGAUGUACGGACUCUGGGGCGAAAUACGUAAUUGGGCGGACGGAACAACAAUAGUACAGAAAACCCACGACGCAAAUGAAGCCCAUGUGACCAAGGAUUUUGAAGGAAGGGCAAUCUUAUUGUUAAGAAAUCCCUAUGCAGCCAUUUUAUCGGAUCACAAUUUCUUAUUUGCUGGCCAUCAUGGACGGGCGCCACCGUCAAACUACGCUAGAAAAGAUUGGAAUCAAUUUGUGGCCAUUCAGAUGAGUCGAUGGCUGGAAAUGGCAGCAAAUUGGACAUUGAACAGUAACCCAUCCAAGGUGUUGGUCCUUCAUUACGAAAAUGUCAAGUCAAAUCCUGAGCGAGAAAUGAGGAAAGUGCUGAACUUUCUCCAGAUUCCCGCAGAUCCGUCUAGAUUGUCGUGCAUGCAAAUGCAUAAAAACGGGUUCUUUGUCCGAGGAUCAGGCGGAUCUGAUGAGUCUGAAGUGGUUCCAUUCCAUCAGAAAACGAGACAAGUGAUCGAUUCUUUGAUUGACCGCGUGAACGCCAUGCUCUUUCGCCUUGGUUAUGAAGCCAUGCCUUUGAACAAGUAUGACUACUACCACAAGACUGAUGAAGAAAUUGUGACAGGCAUCCAGCGCCGAAAUGAGAUCCGUACCAAAUCCAGUCACACUGAGUUGCCUUUUGUGAAAGAUGACGUCAUUGAUAAGAGUCAUGGAACCAAGAUGGUGCUAAAAGAAUACUUCAAAUGGUUGGACACUGACCAAGAGGGGGGCCAAACCCAGGGUGACAAAUCCGAGGACGUAAAAACGGCCCUCAUGAAGCAGCUGUUCCGGAGUCUGCGAUCCAACUCGGAUCAGAACACAAUUACGGGUCUUUCCGACAAGGCCGAGGGCCUUUUAACUAAGGCUGUGGAGAUCUGGCCAAUCCUUCAGAAACCAUUCCAAAGAGACCCCAUUCAAGAUGCCAUAGAAACCGACGCUUACCGAGGCGAAACCAUGGAGGAUGUGGCGGGAAAUUUCAAAUAUAUUUAG